AUGGCCUUGUCUGAGAUUCAAAACGUCGAGAAGGAGAAUGUGCCUGCCUGCCUCGUCGCCUCUUAUAUGCAAAGUUCGUUUCAGAAGGAACUUCAACCGCACAAGAUUAUUGAAACUAAAAUUGAGAAUACGCCGAAAGCGGAGAGUGUCGGCGUGGAAGAGGAAUAUGUGAACCCUCUCGAUAAGGACGAGCCACUUCUUCAGGACACCGACAAUCGUUUCGUGAUUUUCCCGUUGAAACACAGAAAUGUUUGGGAGUUCUACAAGAAGGCGGUUGCAUCGUUUUGGACCGUCGAAGAGGUCGACCUUGGAAAAGACAUGAAUGACUGGGACAAGAUGAACGGCGACGAGCAAUACUUCAUCUCGCGAGUGUUGGCGUUCUUCGCCGCUUCCGAUGGAAUCGUCAACGAGAAUUUGUGCGAACGUUUUUCCAACGAAGUAAAAAUAACCGAGGUCCGCUUCUUUUAUGGUUUCCAAAUUGCAAUCGAGAAUAUUCAUUCGGAGAUGUACUCGAAACUCAUCGAAACCUACAUUCGUGACGAGAAGGAGAGAAACACGUUGUUCAACGCUGUUUUCGAGUUUGAGUUCAUCAAAAAGAAGGCCGAUUGGGCACUUCGUUGGAUUUCCGACAAAAAGGCUUCAUUCGCUGAGAGACUCAUCGCUUUUGCAGCUGUCGAAGGCAUCUUCUUUUCUGGUUCAUUCGCGGCCAUUUUCUGGCUUAAGAAAAGAGGAUUGAUGCCUGGAUUGACCCAUUCGAAUGAGUUGAUUUCAAGAGACGAGGGACUCCAUCGUGACUUUGCGUGUCUUCUGUACUCGAUGUUGAAAAAGAAAUUGUCGCAAGAGAGAAUCUAUGAGAUUAUUCGUGAUGCUGUCGUCAUCGAACAGGAAUUCCUCACCGAAGCUCUUCCAGUCGACAUGAUCGGAAUGAACUGUCGUCUCAUGUCGCAAUACAUCGAAUACGUCGCUGAUCAUUUGCUCGUCGAACUUGGCUGUGCUCGUUUGUACAACAAGAAGAACCCGUUCGAUUUUAUGGAGAACAUUUCCAUUGAAGGAAAAACCAACUUCUUCGAGAAGCGUGUCGCCGAGUACCAGCGUCCAGGUGUUAUGACAAAGGAUGCCGAGCGACUAUUCGAUUUGGAGGCCGAUUUCUGA